AGCGAGCGCCUUUCUUUUUUUUUCCCCCUGUUCUGCUAUUGCCUGCCUUUCCUUUUGUGUGUUUCGCUGCGAAUAGCGUAGCAGAGCACUGCACACCCACCUUCGGUACCAGCUCAAAGAUAGAUAGAAGCACUUUCUCCAUCAGUAGACUGCACCUUAUUAUUUCUAUUGUUUUCCCUUUAGAAAAAGGUUUUUGAACAUCACAUAGACGAAUUGUUCUGCUUUCAUUGCCUCUCCCCCCCCCCCGCUCCUGUUGUCGUGUUCUAUGAGUUUGAGACAUCGCUCGACAGAGAGGGAAAGAGAAAACGAUGUCCAAUACUCACAAGAAGCUUCUCCCGAUCGGGAGCAACAUGAACGACGCCGCCUACCCUUUUCGCGGUCAACACAAGAUGGAAGACUGCAUCAACCAUGGUCACAGCGGGGUGGCAAAGAAAGCUCCGACAUCCAUUGGCAUGCGCAUCACCGGCUCAAAUCUCGUCAUUGAACAGGUGCAGACACCAAAGGGGGUGGAGCUCGAGUGUGAACUGGGCGUGGACGGCGGCAUCCCACGUCCCGUCUCUCUGCAGCAGGCCUCAGCACUGAUGGUGCCUGGCGACGGCCAUGACUACAACCUUCUCGCCACGGUGAAGGCAAACGGCUCGACCACGAAGCACUACUGUAAGUUGACGUUCAACGGGAGCGAAGGCAGCAGCGUGCUGCGGGUGCGAGCGCCUGAGGGGUGCCCCCCGGAAGCGGUGUACAUCGUCGCGGACGGCCGCCGGCUCCGCCCCACCGCUGGUUGGUUUCGUAUUCCAAUCCAGACCAAAGACUGCGCGCUUGUGGCGAACUUGCCGAUGAUGGACAACGGCGGUGGGGAGACGAGUGGAGUUGCCUUUCUUUCCCCGCCGCGGAAUAGUGGGAUGAAAAACGGACAGCGCUGCGGCAGCUCCAAGUCGCCUCUGUCGCAGCAACGCUCCCCAACGCGUCCAGGCAGCGGCCUCGCCAGAGAGCCCACCACCCCCGCCGACGCGUACUUUUUCUUGGAAACGGUUACCGUCGAUCCUCCCACGCCGUCGCAGACCCAACAAGCGCUGCUGGUUUGCAUCUCCACCGGCCACGUCAUCCCGCUGACACCGCAGGGCACGGUGGCGGUCCCCCACGCGGGGGCGCCGUUCCGGCUGGUUUUACCCGCGAAGAGUUUUCACGACGGUAUGCCGGCCGUGAUGGCCGCGCCUGCCGGUGCUCCGAAGGCGGUGCCGGAGAUUGAAACGCGCAUUCAGCCCUUCACUGCUCCAAUAAACCCGCUCGAGGCAGCAGGCGCGAAUGUACCACCGGCGAGCGACGGUACGCCAGCUGCAGCAGGUGGAGCCGCCAUGCCGUCAUUUGUGGCCACCGCGCCCAAUUUCACAGUGCAGCUGAUCGGCGAGGAUGGGAGCAGCGCGACGGGCCAGGGCGUCGCCACCCUCCCGCUGACGCACCGCCGAGCGCAGGCGAUUCAAAUCAUCGUGCGCGACGCCCAGGGAAAUGUAAUGGCGCGGCAGAAGUCAAACGUACCGGCGCUGCAGGCCGCACCAACAGCCGUGCGAAUGAGAGACGACGGCAGCGGCAACGUCGUGGUGUCGACCAACGCAGGCAACAAGUUGACGGUCGGUGGGGUGCCGCAGGCGAAUCCGUUGGCUGGCGCCUUGCUGCCGCGUGUCGUGCCGCAGCAGGUGGUGGUGGAGCAGCCGAACGCAGAUGGGUCGGUGUCAUCGGUGGCGCUGGAGGUGGCGGCGAAGGGGAGCGGCGACCCAGCGAUGCCGCUGGGAACCAAUCCCGUGCCGGUGCCGAUCCCAGUCGGUGGUGGGACACCGGCAGCAGCGGCGGCGACGGCGGCGAACGCCACGCCGGAGAAGUGGGUGAUGGAGCUGUGUGCGGCGCUGCAGAAGCCAAACCCAGAGGAGCAGCGCCGUCUCGUGCAGGCCAUACAGCCCUCCACGCUGCCUGGCAUGACAGUUGUGAACUUCGUCCGCGAUCAGCUGACCCGACAGCCCCCUGCUAUUUUCUUUACAGUGUCGAAGAACGGGCUGGAGUCGGUGCAGUGCCCCGGAUGUUCGGUGUCGGCCUCCGUCGGCAGCGAUCCGCCACGCACAAUCCCGAGCUACGGCUCCGUACAGCUUGUUCCAGGCAAACCGGCGACGCUGACGGCGACGAGCAUGUCCACGCAGCGGCCAGUUUCAGCGUGCCGCGUGCAAAUGUCCAACAUGGUAGGCGACAACCCAAACACCUUCACCUCAACGAGCUCCGGCUACAACCCGUACGGCUCUUCCGCAUCGGGUGGUGCUCCGGCGGACAAGGGGGACACGGAGCUCGUGACACGAGUGCUGGACAGCCUCAUUCGUCACAACGUGAAUGCCGCGCAGGUCGCGGACGAGCUGGGCGGGAUGUCGACGGCACCGUUUUCAUCGCAGGGUCGUCGCCUCCUGCCGCUGCUCACCACGUGUCUGCGCAGCGCCUCCGCGAACGGGGCGGCGUCGGCGGCGGCCAAGGCGGCAAGCGAUCAGGCGGCAGCGGCAGCGGCAGCGGCCGCACAGGCAAAGACGAACGAAGAGAUUUUUUUCACGUGCGGUCCAGGUUACGUCGACAACAUCUACACCUCUACGCCUCAGUUACACCUGUUUGGCGCUAUUGACGAGCAAGCGCCGCAGGUACUGCAGCAGCGCGGUCGCGUGCCAGCGCAAGGGACGCUGGAAGGCGACCGCAAACCCUUCUUUAUCCGCAUCACCGCACGGGACCCGACGACGGGGGCGGUGAAGGCGGAGCGGACGAUUACCGUGUUGGGCGUGUCCCAAGCGGCACAGGUUGCGUUGAACGCCGCUCCUGCGCCACCGUCGGCCGCAGCCGUUAACGCCACCCCCUCACCUGCGCUCUUGAGCUCUCAAGGAGCGGCAGGCUAUACGCCGGUGCAGGCGCAGCCGGACGCUGUUCGCACAGAGGGCCCGUUUGCGGCCGGUGCCGCCGCGAAUACCGCCAUGCAAUACAUCGACGUGUCCCUGCAGACGGUAGGCCAGGACGUGCAGGUCCGCUUUCUGUGCCCGCCGCACCUUCGUAUUGUCUGCGACGUGGACGGCGUCGGCGGGCACACGGGCCAGUCGGACUUCGUCACCAAGAUGCCGGCCUUACGUGCCCACCGCGUCAACCUCAGUCUGGUCGACACGUACGGGAAGGUGGUGUUUCAGCAGAAGCUGGACGUGCCGGCCAUGACAUCGCCUGUGUGGGGCCUGGCGGUGCAGCACAACGGCCUGUCUGUCGACCCCGAGAGCGGCAGUCUCGCGACCGCCUCGGUCGACCGCUCACCAGAGCGCGCCCUGCAGGGCAACUUCCUCUCCUUCGACGCCAGUGUGCCGCACUACGUGAACUUGCGCAAGUACCUGAACGGCGUCCACGGCUGCUGCGUCGGCGAAGUGUCGCUGCGGCUUCCCGGGCUAACGCUGCCGCCGGAGCUGGCGGAGGUGACUUCCCUGCUACGUCGUCGUGCCAAUGGACAGCUGAGCGACCCGCAGGCGAAGGCGGAGCUGCAGCAGCUUCUUUCUCGCUGCACGUCGCCGGCAGUGGCGGAGCUCAUUCGCUGCAUCUUGAGCAGCUGGUCUGGUGCUGCUGGUGGGCCAGCGUACAGCUUAGACCCCGACAGCCCAUCCAACCGCGUGUUCUUCCGCCUGACAGGCACGGAUUAG